AUGAUUACUCCACUCGUUUCAUCUCUAGCACUUCUAGCGACCCUGAACCCCGUACAAGCCCAAAGCACAUUUCCAGGGAAAGCCUUCGACCGUAUAGCCAUAAUAUGGCUUGAAAAUACCGAUUACGACCUCGCAGCAGGAGACCCAAAUCUUGCAUGGCUCACAAAGAAAGGCAUCAGCCUCACGAAUUACUUCGCAGUAACCCAUCCUUCCAUGCCCAACUAUGCAGCUGCCAUAUCAGGCGACUACUACGGUAUCAACCAUGAUGACAUGGUCGCCAUUCCCUCCAACGUAUCCACCUUGGUAGACCUACUGGAAGACAAAGGUGUUAGCUGGGGCGAGUACCAAGAAGACAUGCCUUCAGUAGGUUUCCAAGGGAAAUCGUACACGAACCCUAAAACCGGAGCGAACAUGUAUGUGCGCAAGCACAACCCAGCUGUGUUGUACGAUUCCGUGGCGCAAAAGACGGAGAGGCUGGCAAAGACAAAACCCUUGACCAUGUUCAAAGAAGAUAUGGACAAGAACCAGUUGCCGCAGUGGAUGUUUAUCACCCCUAAUAUGACGAGCGACGGCCACGACUCCACCGUAACCGUAGCAGGAACCUGGACGCGCAACUUCCUCGAACCCCUCCUCACCAACAAGAACUUCAUGAACAACACCCUCGUCAUGGUAACCUUCGACGAGAACCAUUCCUACGGGCAGCAAAACCGCGUCGUGGCCAUACUUCUAGGCGAUGCCGUGCCCGCCAGCUUGGUCGGCACCACAGACAACACGUACUACAACCACUACAGCGAGAUCGCCACUGUACAAGCAAACUGGGGCUUACGUACGCUGGGCCGCUGGGACGUUGGCGCAAACGUGUUCAAGUUUGUCGCGGAAAAGACGGGUGAUAAGGUUCGAGCUUGGUCGGGUAAAGUUCCGUUGAGCAACAUGUAUUUCAAUGCGUCGUAUGCGGGCAAGUUGAGCAACAAGAACAAGUCGGUUCCUUGGCCUGUUCCCAACACGGAUGCGGUGUAUGCGGGGAGGGCUGUGUUGCCGGCUAUUGCUGAUACGUGGGGGAAGCAGGUUGGGCAGUCUGCGUAUACGACUGCGUUGGAGAUUCCGGAUGGCAUGCAUCCGGAGGCUGAGUUCAAGUAG